AUGAUACGAUCGAUCAACGACCACCUCUCAAUGUCGGUGAUACGGCCGGCGAUAACAUCUGGGUCUAUCAGAUAUUAUGCUGUUCAAGGUCAGGCUAGUCAAGUUGUAAACGGGUCAGAUGACACGGACAAGUCGCCAUCGGCUCGACAAUCGAGAUCAGCACCAUCCAUCAACCCUGCUCCUCCUACUAUGGAAGAGCCGUCCUUGGGAGAAAGUCGGCUGUUUCUGCAUACAACAGAAGAGACACUCGCAACUCCCGGUAUACGAUUUACCGACGGACACGGACUGAAAGGUCCUACGGGCAAAGGCAGGCAGACUAGGCGGAUGAACCUGUAUCAAGCUAUACGAGAUGCCCUCGGCACAGCACUAGCUACCAAUCCUAGAGCAUUCGUAUUUGGUGAGGAUGUUCAGACGGGUGUUUUCCGAUGUACCACUGGUUUAGUUGAGGAGUUUGGUAAGAAACGGGUGUUCAACACACCUCUUACGGAGCAAGGUAUAGCAGGAUUCGGAAUUGGAUUAGCAAGUGUCGGUGCGACUGCAAUAGCUGAAAUACAGUUUGGUGAUUAUAUCUUUCCCGCCUUUGAUCAACUAGUCAACGAAGCUGCGAAACAGAGAUAUGCCAGCGGAGGUGCCUAUCCGCUUGAGGGAGGCUCUCUGACCAUCAGAGCACCUAUAGGAAGUGUGGGACAUGGGGGUUUGUACCAUUCCCAAUCCCCUGAGGGCUUCUUCCUUGGUGCAGCCGGUCUGAAAGUGGUCAUACCGAGAUCACCCAUUCAAGCUAAAGGAUUGUUAUUAGCCGCUAUCCGAGAUCCCAAUCCGGUGUUGGUGUUUGAACCGAAGAUACUGUACAGAGCAGCCGUAGAGGAAGUACCGACGGAUGACUAUACGUUACCCAUCGGACAACCUGAGAUAGUGAGAGAUGGGACUGAUUUAACAGUAGUGGCGUAUGGUACACCUUUACACAUAUGUCAACGAGCGAUUGAUCUCCUCAAAUCACCACCUCCAUCUCUUAUUCCCUUUCUGCCCGAAUCCCUUCGACCGCCUAAUCCCGCUCCAUCGAUCCAGCUCAUCGACCUUCGUACCAUCUCCCCUAUGCCUCUUGGAGCCUUGACCGAAGCAGUCAAGAAGACCGGACGAAUGGUCAUAGUGCAUGAAGCAGGGAAAGCGGGUGGUGUAGGGAAUGAUUUAGCUGGGGAGAUUGGAAGACGAGCUUUUGAAUAUUUGGAAGCGCCCAUUGGGCUAGUCAGUGGCUGGGAUACACCUGUUCCCCUGACCUUUGAGAAAUUCUAUCAACCUGAUGUCAUUAGAAUAUUUGAUAAAUUGGUUGAAACAAUAGCAUAUUAG